CCGGCACAGCGUGUAGUGGAAAAGUAGGGAAAAUCGCGCGACUCGAUGAAAUCGGUUGGCAAUCGGCAAGAGAAACAUUUGAAUUCUGCUUGGAUAUUGACGGGAAAAAAUCGGUACCAACUGACCGAGUUUUGUGCCACCAUUUUCCCGCCAAAAUAUCCACCUAUCUUCACGCCGCGAUUCGACACUCGAUCCUUGCUUUCGGAUCGAUCGGUUAACUCCCUGAAAGCUUCCGGAAUCUUUCCUCCGCCGGAACGACGGACGUGAGCAAGAAGGACAUGAGGCGUUGCGGAGCCAAGGGCAGGAUCCAGGUCACCGGGUAACCCAGAUGGGGUUCCUUGCCGCCUGCAUUCUCGCCCAAUGGCGCUGCGUCCCCGCCGAUCUCCGACCAAUAACGCGUCGUCUUUUCAACCCACGAUUUACUCGGCGCGUAUGAGAGUCGCGUGCUCGCUGUCUCCGCAGAUUUAAGCCUGUUCCUUGGCGGGCAGGAUCUCCGAGGCGUCUGCCUUUUACAAAUUUUCCGCGACGUUUUCGCCGAUUUUUUUCCCAGACGUAUUAUUAUUACUCGCGAGAGUCACCGUUUUCGUUUUUUUUUUUUUUUUUUCUCUCUAUUUUUCUUACUUCAAUCGAUGCAGUUUUCCGUUUAGAUCGGUGCUUCGCCCGGCUACGGUUUAUUCUUCUUCGUCGCACGAGUUGUUCGAAGUUCGUUCACUUUUCUCCAAGUUUGUAUCGGUUCCUCGCUAAAUCGAGGAAUCAGGUCGAUCGGUAUUCCGGUGAAAAGAUAAUUUGAAAAUAAGUAACUAAAUCAAAAAUUGAAUUAUAAGGAAUCUCGGUAAAAUACAAAAAAUAACAUGAAUCUUACGGUGAAGUUUUUCGUCAUAUGCUCAGUGAUGGUAACCGUGUCUUCGGCAGGAAUACUUGAUACUCUGUUUUCCUGGGGCCUGGCUGAAACCGAAGCCCGAUCGACGACGCCGCCGCCGUCCAAGUGUCUCUGUCAAGCAUCCGGCUGCCUUUGCUGCGUCGACCUUAAUUUGACAACGGCCAUUGACCUGGGAGGUCCUGUAUGCCUCAACAUUAAACAGAAGGAGGAAAACGUCACCCUGAAUAUGAGCUUCGGGGAGAACGCGAUGCACAACGCGACGAUUCGCAUUGCCGAGGCGGCGAACAAGCGAACUUGCAUGAACCUUCUCUCGGAUUUGGCGCAACUCUGCGCGACAUUUACGACGGUUAAAGAGGCGGCUUCCGGUUACGACGGAUGUUUGGCCGUGGAACCAGAGCUCCUGAGCACGACGCAGGCGGUUUACCAAAUCGGUUGCUUCAAUUUCAACCAGGACAACAUUCGACAGCUUGACACGACAGCGGCAGAGGCACUGACGUCCACGGAAGUUCCGGAGACUUCGGAGGCACCGGAAACUGGCGAUGGUGCGGGGGAGGACGAGGACUACAAUCUGAACCCCGACGAGCUGAUCGCAGCGGUUUCGGCGAGCGCCGAACAAGGAAUCGCGUUGUUCUCCCAGUGGCUGGGCCUGAACCUAAACCCGAGCCUGAACCAGACGACAUCGCCGAUCGAAGAUGCCUCGGGAUCGACGGGAUCUUCGAGGGGGGCGCGAAAGCUCGAGGGCGAAGUGCAGCGGGACGCGAUAAAGAGCGAGGAACGCUUCAAGCAGAUCCUUAGCGCCCAGGACAACAUCCAGAAGGAGUCGCCGAGGCUCGGCCAGGUCCCCGACGUCGAGACGACUUACGUCUACACCGAGCCGCCCCGGCCCGGAAGUCUGGCCUCUCUCGUCGAGCCCGAGGCGGUGAAGCAGCCGGAAGUGCCGAUCGACGGCCUCGCCGUUGUCCCGAGGGAAUCACGGAGGGGUGGACGCGCCUACAACAUCCAUCAGCACGUCAACGAGAUAUAGAGAUUUCACGUGCGAAAAUGGCUGCGGGAUAGCGGAAAAAUAUAGAAAGAUCAAAAAAUCGAUCGGACAAUGUGUCGAAUUUUUUUUAUAAAGGCACGAAAAGUUGGUUCGUUGAUUGUUUUUUUAAUUUUCAAAGUCCGAGUACGGAGAAAGCAAAAUCACAGAUAAGUCGGAACACGGAAUGCCGAAUUGCAGAAUCGUCGGAAUUCGUCUCGAUACCACUUUAUGUUUUAAUCUUUCUACAUUUUUUGCUAUUCCGUACUUCGAAUUUUUAUACUCACAAUCUUUCAUACUCUGAAUUUCCGCAAUUUCAUUUAUCAGAUAUUUUUGCAUUUAUGAAAAUUCGAUACUCUGGCCCUUCGAUCAUUCGAUAUUUCUGAUUUUUUUCUCUUUCUUUUUUUCACCCUUAACCCCAAAAACCUUUAGAAAAAUUCGAGAAAUUAAAAAACAAAGCACCCCUACAACGGAGGUAGAAACUUUUGAAAGUUUUUUAUCGUGCGAAUUUUUCAUUUGCACGGUAUUUAAAUUGUUACAUUCAGUGUUUGUUUGUUUGUUUGUUUUUUUUUUUCUUUCUUUCUUUUUUUACGAAAUUUUAUUUACCGGCUGUAAAAACAAACUUGUUAAAAAUCUAAAACAACGAAAUCCACAUUCUUCUAGCUUCUCUACACCUCGCUUCUCGCGUUGCGCGAAUAAUCGUCAUAUUGUCCAACGGCACAUUGCGUUACGACACUCGAUAGAAAAGAAAAACAAAGGAGAGUAAAAAGUUUCCAUAUUCAAUUAACUAGUACCACUGAACGUUGUAAUUCAACAAUAAAAAAAAAAAAAAAAAAAAAAUUGUCGCGUCGUCGAUUGCUGGAUCGACAAGAUUACUUUUUAUAUACAAACAUACUUACUUAUAAGUUUAAAUUAUUUAUUAUUAUUAUUGUUUAUCCUGUGUAUUUG